GACCCCUCUACCCCAUCUCCAUCCCCCGCUGAGUCAGACCCCUCUACCCCGUCUCCGUCCCCCACUGGGUCACACCCCUCUACCCCGUCUCCGUCCCCUGCUGGGUCAGACCCCUCUACCCCGUCUCCGUCCCCCGCUGGGUCAGACCCCUCUACCCCGUCUCCGUCCCCCGCUGGGUCACACCCCUCUACCCCGUCUCCGUCCGCCGCUGGGUCAGAGCCCUCUACCCCGUCUCUGUCCCCCGCUGGGUCACACCCCUCUACCCCGUCUGGGUCCCCCGCUGGGUCAGACCCCUCUACCCCGUCUCCGUCCCCCGCUGGGUCAGACCCCUCUACCCUGACUGCGUCCCCCGCUGCGUCAGACCCCUCUACCCCGUCUCCGUAUUCCCCCCGGGUCAGGCCCACACACACCGGGAGCACCAUGCACAGUUCCCGUCUCCGUAUCCCCCCGGGUCAGACACACACACACGGGGAGCACCGUGCACAGUUCCCGUCUCCGUAUCCCCCUGGGUCAGACCCACACACACCGGGAGCACCGUGCACAGUUCACGUCUCCGUAUCCCCCCCGGGUCAGACCCACACACACCGGGAGCACCCUGCACAGUUCCUGUCUCCGUAUCCCCCCCGGGUCAGACCCACACACACCGGGAGCACCGUGCACAUUUCCCGUAUCCGUAUCCCCCCCGAGUCAGACCCACACACACCGGGAGCACCGUGCACAGUUCCCGUCUCCGUAUCCCCCCCGGGUCAGACCCACACACACCGGGAGCACCGUGUACAGUUCCCGUCUCCGUAUCCCCCCGGGUCAGACCCACACACACCGGGAGCACCGUGCACAUUUCCCGUAUCCGUAUCCCCCCCGGGUCAGACCCACACACACCGGGAGCACCGUGUACAGUUCCCGUCUCCGUAUCCCCCCGGGUCAGACCCACACACACCGGGAGCACCGUGCACAGUUCCCGUCUCCGUAUCCCCCCCGGGUCAGACCCACACACACCGGGAGCACCGUGCACAUUUCCCGUCUCCGUAUCCCCCCGGGUCAGACCCACACACACCGGGAGCACCGUGCACAGUUCCCAUCUCCGUAUCCCCCCGGGUCAGAACCACACACACCGGGAGAACCGUGCACAGUUCCCGUCUCCGUAUCUCCCGUGGGUCAGACCAACACACACCGGGAGCACCGUGCACAGUUCCCGUCUCCGUAACCCCCCUGGGUCAGACCCACACAGACCGGGAGCACACUGCACAGUUCCUGUCUCCGUAUCCCCCUGGGUCAGACCCACACACACCGGGAGCACCGUACACAGUUCCCGUCUCCGUAUCCCCCCGGGUCUGACCCACACACACCGGGAGCACCGUGCACAGUUCCCGUCUCCGUAUCCCCCCGGGUCAGACCCACACACCGGGAGCACCGUGCACAGUUCCCUUCUCCGUAUCCCCCCCCGGGUCAGACCCACACACACCAGGAGCACCGUGCACAGUUCCCAUCUCCGUAUCCCCCCGGGUCAGAACCACACACACCGGGAGAACCGUGCACAGUUCCCGUCUUCCGUAUCCCCCCGGGUCAGACCAACAUACACCCGGAGCAACGUGUACAGUUCCCAUCUCUGUAUCCCCCCGGGUCAGACCCACUCACACCGGGAGCACCGUGCACAGUUCCCGUCUCCGUAUCCCCCCCCAGAUCAGACCCACACACACCAGGAUCACCGUGCACAGUUCCCGUCUCCGUAUCCCUCCCCCGGGUCAGACCCACACACACCGGGAGCACCGUGCACAGUUCCCGUCUCCGUAUCCCCCCCCCGGGUCAGACCCAUACACACCAGGAGCACCGUGCACAGUUCCCGUCUCCGU